UUUUGGUAGAGGCCCCACGGAUUCGAUCGUGCGUCAGUGGGAUCAUCGUUAUCGCCACGUGGGCAGGGAUUAGGGUUCUUGGGCACGGAGAUUAGGGUUUAAGGGGGUUUUGUUUGCGAUUGUCAGUCCCCACCGGCGCCAUCAUCCAAUUCGUCGCUACGCAUCGCUCUCGGCUGUGGCAGGAUUUGGAUGGAUCGCUGCCAGCAGCUGUGAGCCUGCGAGUGAGGAGAAAGAGGAAGUGAGAUGCACGGCACGGGCACAAUGAGGUAGGCUUGCAAUUGGUUUCCUGGAAGCUUUUUUGUCCGGGCCUCGGAAUUCUUUCCUUGUCUUCGCUGGCGGAGAUUAUUUAUUUUUUCUCAGAGAGAAAAAAAAAACCUAUGUGAGCAGCAUUAAGCUGUCACGAGGCUGGGAUGCUGCGCGUCGUGAACACGAACGUGUUUUUCGUCCCAGGGAUUGCUUUGGCGAUAAACCCGAAAGAUUUCAGCACGAAACGAGUUUUCUGUCUUGUACUGCAGCCUUUGAUUUCACGAAGUGUCGUGUACCAUCUUCUGAUUGCUUUGGAAGAUAAGUUUGGAUCCAGAUGCCCGAAGAACAAAAUAAAAAUUACAGCGUUUGAUUUCACGACGCUUUCCUGUGUCGUAUACCAUCGUCCGCGUGCUUUGGAGAAACCAGAUGCUCGAAAACCAUUGAAGAACUAUAGAAACCACAGUGUCGAAAGCGUCGAUUCCUGGGGAACCAAAGAAAAGGAAAUCAAAGCUGAUGCUGCCAGGCUCUCCGUGGCAAUGCUCAUCAAAAUGAAUUAAAAAGGACGCGAUCGCAAGCAAGGAAUUCAAGGGAGCAUGUACCACUCUCUGUGAUCGUCCAACCACGAAGUGGCACGAUGGCCACCGCCACGUCCGUUAAAAAAUUUCUUUCUCUUUGUUUGGCCAUUGUUUUCCCUUUAUCAAACGUCCUUGUUCU